CGCGAGAAUUCCUUUUACUUCCGAGCUUCCAAGGUCUCUGCCAAUUUUUUUUCUCCAAAAUCUCCGCUUUCCUUUCGUUUUUUAUAUACUCAAAAACUUUCAAUUUCUUUGCACAGAAAUAAAAUCCAGCCUCUCCCCUGACCCAAAUAUAUUCCCGAUUCACUCGUGCUGAUUCGACUGAUCUUUCGAUUCUCUACUCUUUUUUUAUAUGAUUCUAAUUAUUCUUAGUAAUUAUUUCACACAGAAACCCUCCAAUUGAUCGCUUCUAUUUGCUUUUUUUCUUUCAUAGUUUCCUGAAUUCUUAGUUCCCUGCUAUUGAAAUUUACCCUCUGUAUUGAGCACAAUGGAUGACAUGAAAGACAAGUUCAAGGGUUUCAUGAAGAAAGUGAAUACACAAUUAUCAUCGUCUUCCUCAGGUAAAUUCAAGGGCCAAGGUCGAGUUUUGGGGGGUUCCUCCUCUGCCUCAUCCGGAUCCAAUAACCCCAUUGGCUCCCGCUAUUAUCAACCCGACAACCCAAAGCCAACUCCAACCCCUUCUUCACUCAAUUCUUCUUCAAAUUUUAAAUCUUUACCUCAAAAAACGCCAAAUUCUGAUCAAAACAAACCUGCUCCUAUUAAUAACUCAAUCCCAAAUCGUAAACCCGUUGAUGGGUUCGAUCCAUUUGACUCAUUGAUCACCACCGGGAAAAGAUCUCAAAAUGGCAGUUCACUGAAUGUGUAUGAAUGCCCGAUUUGUGGGCAAUCGUAUAAAUCAGAAGAAGAGGUCUCUAUGCACGUAGAAAGCUGUGCCAAUAACAACAACAAUGAUUUGGUUGAUGAAGGAAAUGGAAUCGGAGCAUCCAGUGGUAGUGAAUUGCAGUCUUCUGUCGGUGCGUAUUUGUCAGGAAAGCCACCGGAGGGGUCUGUGGAAGUUGUGCUUCGACUGUUCAGAAAUAUUGUUAAGGAGCCUGGUAAUGCAAAGUUUAGGAAGAUUAGAAUGGGGAAUCCGAAGAUUAGGGAGGCUGUUAGUGAUGUUGCAGGCGGGGUUGAAUUGUUGGAGGGUGUUGGGUUUGAGUUAAAGGAGGAGGGUGGAGAAAUGUGUGCGGUUAUGGAAGUCCCUAAUGAAGAGAGACUUAGAUUGAUUAAUGAGGCAAUUAGGUUAUUGGAACCUACAAAGGUAGAGGGGCAGGUGCAGAAGAUAGAGGAGAAACCAUCUGUCGCUCCAUCUGGGACAGGAGAGCCGGUUGAGCCGAAGAAGAUUGACAGGGAGAUCCGAGUCUUCUUCUCUGUCCCUGAAAGUGUAGCAGCAAAAAUUCAGCUGCCAGAUUCAUUUUACAAUCUGUCUGCUGAAGAGCUGAAAAGAGAAGCCGAUGCAAGGAAGAAAAAAAUUGCAGAAUCUCAGCUUUUGAUUCCUAAGUCUUACAAGGAGAAGCAGGCAAAAGCCGCCAGGAAGAGGUACAGAAGAACCCUUAUACGUAUCCAAUUUCCUGAUGGAGUGGUGCUUCAGGGUGUCUUUGCUCCUUGGGAACCAACUAGUGCUCUCUAUGAGGUGAAGGCAUGAUAUUUUACUGGAGUAUGGCACUGUAACUUUGAUGAUAGUGUUUGUGAGCGCAUCAUUGAAGGACCCCAGUUUGGAGUUUGAACUGUUAGAUCCUGUACUGGUCAAACGACGGGUAAUACCUCAUUUUCCUGGUGCAGGAGAGAGAGGCUCUACACUGGAAGAUGAAGAAUUGGUUCCUUCAGCUCUCAUCAAGUUCAGGCCUGUUGAAACUGACUCUUGUGUCUUCACAGGCCUCUGUAAUGAACUCCUCGAGAUUAGUGAACCACUUAAUUGAUUCUGAAGUAUGAAGACACAACAGUAUCAAUGCCUGUGUGCUUCAGGUCAUGCUUCAAUUUCCCAGUUUUGCUAUUCUCCCAGCUACAUUUGUUUUCAAAUUGUGCGUAUUCUCAGAUACUCCAAAAUUGACACUAGUAAACUGAUCAUAGUUGCCCAGAA